UUGUACUACCUCUUCAUUUUUGAAAAUUAUUUUUUCUAUUUACCUAGUAGUUAUUCAUUUAAAAUUUAUUUUAUAACAGCGCAAUGGUGGAUGGCAUAUGGAUCAACAACUCCAAACUUGCAAAAGUUUGCUGUGAAAAUUCUUAGCCUCAUGUGUAGUGCUACCGGCUGCGAAAGAAAUUGGAGCAUAUUCCAACAUCUUCAUAGCAAAAGGAGAAAUAGGCUAUCCCAGCAACGCUUGAAUGAUUUGGUAUUUGUGAAAUAUAAUCGAACUUUGAGGCGUCGAUACGACAAACGUGACACCAUUGAUCCCAUCCUCCUGAAGGACAUUGAUGAUAGUAAUGAGUGGUUGAUUGGUAGGAUGGAUGGUGAUUCUGAUGAGGAUGAUGAACUUGUGUUUGAAGAUGAUAAUUUGACUUGGGAUUCUGUUGCUAGAGCCGCUGGACUAAAUAACCCCCCGCAUCACACUAGAUCAAGAAUAAGUACAAAUAUGCCAUCAUCGUCUAAAGAAAGAGAAAGGGCUUCAUCUAGUAGUGCAACCACUGCUAGGGGUCGGACCACAAUGUUGGAACUUGUAGAUGAGGAUGAAAUCCAAGUGGAUAGUGUAGAGGAGACGGAAGAGGAAAAAGAUGUUGGAGAAAACAGUUCUAAUGAUGAAGAGGAAGAUGAUGAUAUCUUCACCGACCUAGUUGAUGAUGAGUGAUGAGUGAUGAUUGAGGAGGAUUUUUAGAUUUUAUAUUUUGAAAUCUUUUAUUGUAC